AUGGCUACCGAGGUCGUUCGCAAAUCCAAAAUCCUUCUCUCAAACGAAAACUACACUCUCUGGCUUCUCCCAAUCAAAGCAAAACUUUACAAACUGAAGGCCCUCAACAUUGUCACUGGCGCUGUUACCUGUCCCGAUUUUGAAACAGACAAGGACAACUUCAAAUUGUACAACAAACUCAACGAAGACGCCUACGCCAAGAUUGUUCAAUACCUCAACCAAGAAGUUCUUGCUUAUGUCAGCUCAGCUCUCCCAACCACCAAUAAAUUCAAGGGGCUUGGAAAAACGACUCCCAAAUUUUAG